ACUUUCGACAUUAUUCCUUUACCUGAAUGAAGAGUGAAAGUUUUCGAUGACAACCAAGCCAAAGUGCUGAAGUUGACGGAGGAUGACUCACAGGAUGAGUGGCACCUUCAAACAGCUGAGGUUAAUGCCAGAGCUGCUGGCCAAACAGUGGAGAGUGACCGGCCACCGAUGUGUGACUACGUCUUUGGGCACCGACUCACAGAGGCACCAGCUAGUCCCGGACAAUCAGAAAGUGGAGAAAGGAGAUGUUUCAAGAAACAGGACCCAGUGCAAGGAUGAAGAUGAGGACCCAAGCCGAAACCAACAAGAGUCUGCUUCGCCUUCCCCACAACCUCCGUUUGCCCACGCAAAAUUGGGCCCCUUUGUUCAAGCACGGCCAGAAUUGAGUAACCAGUUUUCUCAGGACACGUUUUUGCAAAGUUAUCUUCGGAGAUACAUCGGCAAAGAGUAUGUGUCAGAUGUAUGCUCGGAUCUGGAAAGAUUUGGUCAACGGGUCACGGAGGAUAUUUACCAAAACUCGUUACGUAUGGAGGCAGAGCAGCCCAAGCUGGAACAAAUGGACGCCUGGGGCAAGCGAGUGGACCGGCUCAUUACGUCUAGCGCCUGGCAGGACAUGAAGACUAUCGCGGCCGAGGAAGGUCUGAUCGCUUGUGCCUACGAGAGGAACUUUGGUGAAUGGAGCCGGUUGUACCAGAUGGCCAAGAUGUAUCUGUACGAACCGUCAGCGGGCCUGUAUGGCUGCCCUCUGGCCAUGACGAACGGCGCAGCAAAAACUUUGGAGCUUUUACAGGAAGACUACCCCUGGAUCUACGAGAGGAGCUAUGGCAGACUGACCACAAGGGACCCACAACAGUUCUGGACGUCUGGUCAGUGGAUGACGGAGAAACAGGGAGGAUCGGAUGUAG